AUUUCUAUCGUUUCUAAUUCACAGGACGCCUGCAUUGCUGGAGGGUAAAAACCCAGAAUCCAGAUACGAAAAAACUGAUUAAACAAUAUUCAUUUAAACAAUGCAUUUCAUUCAUUUGCUAUGAUUUGGCAACGAAAUAAAGUCUUACACACUUUAGAAUUAAGAAAUCCAACCGUUGAUCAAUUUUUGGUAAUUAACUUAAUUAUUUAAAAAACUAGACAUCCUGGUGGUCAAAACGAAUAGCUGUUCGCCCUCCGAGCAAUAUCUGAGUAGAUGUUUUUAUUCGGUAAAUAAUCGGCUUUGCUAAAUCAUGUUAGUAGAAUUAGAGAAACAGCCAGGCAGGUUUUCAUUCAUUAUAAUAUUUAAUUAAUAUACCAGCAGAAGUGCUGCGCGUUUAAUCCAUCGAAUCUAUCCCAGUUUUUAUUAUUUUAUUUAUUAUAUGUCAAAUUGGCGAAUAGAACAGAACACCCCACCACCGAUCGUGUAAAACGCACGUGAUCCCAGACCACUGCCGCGUCCGCGCGCGUGAAAAUGCCGCGCUCGUGCCAGCACCCGAUUGGCGCACCCGCGCUUUUUAUGAACGGAGCGCGCAGUGUAUGAACAUGGCUGGUGGUUGUUAGUUUCCCUCCUCUCUUUUUUUUUGCUUCUUACAAGUCGCCGCCGCUUCUGUAGAUUUGUGGGAUUUUACGAGCGAUGGCGUGGCCGAGGAGAUUAGGGUCUUUUUUAUCCUGUUUUACGCUAAGUCUUGUCGUAUAUUGUGCGCUGGCGCGUGCCCUUAUUAGCGAGCGGGAUGUUGAUUCUUUUAUGCCACUUAAUGGGCAGAGUUAUAGAGGAUGGGCUAGCAAAAUGAGUGAUUCAAAGGAUGAGGUGGUGCUUGGGAAGAUCAUACUGGGGUCUAGCGCUAAGGACUGGAAAGGGGAUAAGGUGCAUGGGAAAGGCUUGAGGGUCAACUCUCUUUACAUGGCCUUUGAUACUGAUGGAUAUCAGUCAGAUGCUGGCUGGGGCAACUUGAAGCACCUUCAGGGUGAGGUUUAUGGUCCAGAUUCUGCGAGUCCAGCAGUCCAGGCAUUACUUGAUGCAGAACCCACAGUGCAAUGUAGGGAAAACUUCAUGACUCUUCAUUUGAAAGGAACCUUAGUGGGGUCAAACUUGUUGGUGGACCGAGGAAAUGGGUCACCCCUUCCUAUAUCUGAGUUGCCCUCCAAGUGUGGGUACUUUGUGAAGAUGACAUGGCAUGAUGUUCUCUUCAAGGCACCCUAUAAUGGCUGCUAUAAUACAAAAGAGGGUGGCAGUAAUGUUCUGCCAUUGCGCUGGUUGGGAACACCUAUGAAAGUGACAUGUCCACAUCGUCCCUCAACUGCUCCUGCCUCGGUUGUCUGUUAUCCUUCUGGGAUGGUUGUAAAAAUUGAUGCCCCCUAUGCUGUGGCUAGUAAGAUCAAUAUCAAAUUCAAGAACAAAUGGAAACCACUAUUGUGGGUGUCUGCACAGUGUGGCUAUAGUGUGGUUACACACCCUGGAGGACUAGUUAUCACUGCUCCUUUCUCGCCUUGUGAUGAAACAAAGGCUGGAAUGCACACAAUUGAGAUUCUUGAAGGGAAUAUCAAAUUGUCUUGUCCUUCUCCAGCUGCUAAUAUGCCCUCAAACUAUUUCCUGUUUGGUAAACUUGAGAUGCCUGUCCCAGCCCCUGCUGCUCCAUGGCCACCAGGCUUUAUGUACCCUCAGCCCCCAAAACCUGUCCCAACCACUACUGCCCCUGAACCUACUCUUGCCCAUCCUCAGCCACCAAAACCUCUCCCAGCCACUUCAGGCCCUUGGCCACCAUGUUUCAUGUAUCCUGAGCUGCCAAAACCUCUCCCAGCUACUUCAGGCCCUUGGCCACCAUGCUUCGUGUAUCCUCAGGCCCUAAAGCCUGUCUCAGCCUCUCCUGCCCCUAAACCUACUCCUGCUCAUCCUCAGCUGCUAAAACCUGUCCCAACUUCUGCUGGCCCUUGGCCACCAUGCUUCAGGUAUCAUCAGCUGCCAAAACAUCGUCCAGCUACUGGUGGCUCUUGGCCACCAUGCUUCAGGUAUCCUCAGCUGCCAAAAUCCAUCCCAGCUACUGCUGAACCUGCUCUUGCCUACCCCCAGCCCCCAAAACCUGUUCCUGCCACUUUUGCUCCUCCUUACCUUAAGCCUGAAAGAGGUGAGAGACUGCCUUCAUUGAACUAUCCUAGGCCACCUUGGUCUGUCUACUCUCAGGUUAUUCCUCUUAGCCCAGGCUCUCAACCUUUUAGCCGUCCUGAUAGCCCCAGGCCCCCAUCUACUCAUUUUUCAGCCUACAUAUGGCCUUUGACAUACACAAAGUCCUUCCAAGCUGGCUACCCUCACAGUCCUAACUGCCCUUUCUCACAUAACCGGCACAGCCACCUCCAUCUAGGUUCAGCUAGAGAACAUCAUGCCCCACUGCCUCUUCCUAGGAAAUGUAACCUGCCAUACAGAGGGUCUUCCUCCAGGCCUGCCAUCCGGUUUGCAGCACCUGCUUUUGCCCCUCAGGCAUCACAUAAAGCCUUCAAGAGCUACUGGGAUUUUGUGCCUCCUUCACAUUCUGAGUAACUUGGAUAAGACACUAUCAGUAGGUUUUGGGUUCUGAAGUCAGACUAUGGAAGACCACCUCUAGAGAGGGUGUAGAACUUGUCUGAAAGCUACUGCAAAGGAUUGAAAUAUUGUUUAUUUUAAAUAAAAUGAUUUCA